CGGGAGGGGCGGGGCCAGGGGAGGGGCGGGGCUCGCGGCGACCUGGACCAGGAGCUGUCCUCGCCCUUUCGGGCCGCCGCCUCUCCCCGGCGCUGCGCAGAGCUUCCUUUGGCGCUCCGGGUCCUGAGGUGUCGGCUUCCAGGCACAGGUCUCAGCAAGCGAAGUAUGGUUCUUUGUUUUGGUCAGUGGUAAAAGCUCUUGACUCAAUGACAGUGAGAGCCAUAAGCCAGGUUCACAGUUUUCUCAAAGGACAAAGAACAUGGACGAAUCUGCAAGCCAGUUGCAGCCACUGAAUGAGAAUCAGGUAGCCAACUCUGAGGGCGGAUAUGUAUGGCAGGUCACUGACAUGAAUCGGCUGCACCGCUUCUUGUGUUUCGGUUCUGAAGGUGGCACCUACUAUAUCAAAGAACAGAAGCUGGGCCUUGAAAAUGCUGAAGCCUUAAUUAGAUUGAUUGAAGAUGGCAGAGGAUGCGAAGUGAUACAGGAAAUCAAGUCAUUUAGUCAGGAAGGCAGGACUGCAAAACAAGAGCCUUUGCUGUUUGCACUUGCCAUUUGUUCCCAGUGUUCGGACAUAAACACCAAACAAGCUGCAUUUAAAGCUGUUCCUGAAGUAUGUCGCAUCCCGACGCAUCUCUUCACUUUUAUCCAGUUCAAGAAAGAUCUGAAGGAAAGCAUGAAGUGUGGUAUGUGGGGUCGUGCGCUCCGGAAGGCCGUUGCAGACUGGUAUAAUGAAAAAGGUGGCAUGGCCAUAGCCCUAGCAGUCACAAAGUAUAAACAGAGAAAUGGCUGGUCUCACAAAGAUCUCUUAAGACUGUCACAUCUUAAACCAUCCAGUGAAGGACUUGCUGUCGUGACUAAAUAUAUCACAAAGGGCUGGAAAGAAGUUCAUGAACAAUAUAAAGAAAAAGCACUCUCUGUGGAGACUGAAAAGCUAUUAAAGUAUCUAGAGGCUGUGGAGAAAGUGAAGCGAACAAAAGAUGAGCUGGAAGUCAUUCAUCUAAUUGAAGAGCAUCAGUUAGUUAGGGAGCAUCUGCUGACAAAUCACCUGAAGUCUAAAGAGGUAUGGAAGGCUUUGUUACAAGAAAUGCCCCUUACUGCACUACUGAGGAAUCUGGGGAAGAUGACUGCUAACUCAGUGCUUGAGCCAGGAAAUUCUGAAGUAUCUUUAGUAUGUGAAAAGCUAUGCAAUGAAAAGCUGCUCAAAAAGGCUCGCAUACAUCCAUUUCAUGUUUUAACUGCAUUAGAAACCUACCGAGCGGGCCAUGGGCUCAGAGGAAAACUGAGAUGGACUCCAGAUAAAGAAAUUUUACAAGCAUUGGAUGCUGCUUUUUAUAAAACAUUUAAGACGGUGGAGCCAACGGGGAAGCGUUUCUUGCUGGCUGUUGAUGUCAGUGCCUCUAUGAACCAGAGAGUUUUGGGUAGUGUACUCAAUGCUAGUACGGUUGCCGCUGCAAUGUGCAUGGUGGUCACACGAACAGAAAGAGAGUCUUCAGUAGUUGCUUUUGCAUGUGAUAUGGUACCAUUUCCUGUGACUACAGACAUGACCUUACAGCAGGUUCUAACGGCUAUGAAUAAAGUCCCAGCAGGCAGCACCGAUUGCUCUCUUCCAAUGAUCUGGGCCCAGAAGACAGGCACAGCUGCUGAUGUCUUCAUUGUAUUCACUGAUAAUGAGACCUUUGCUGGGCAGGUGCAUCCUGCUGUUGCCCUGAGGGAGUACCGAAAGAAAAUGGAAAUUCCUGCUAAGCUGAUUGUCUGUGGGAUGACAUCAAACGGCUUUGCCCUUGCAGACCCAGACGAUAGAGGCAUGUUGGAUGUGUGCGGCUUCGAUACCGCAGCUCUGGAUGUGAUUCGAAAUUUCACGCUGGACGUCAUUUAACCCUGAGUACCAGAUGACCUGAGAGAUCCACCGCUGCUGGAUCUCACUGAAACUCACAGCUAAAAGCAGUAGUGAGAAAUGUCAGCAGUGUGUGCAUGAUGGAAACGUACUUCACCAAGAACAGAAAAAGAGGGAAGGAAGGAAAAACAUGUUGAGUCCAAAGGUGCAGGGACUCAGCUAGCUCUUGAGAAGUCUUCAGGACACUGUAGCUUUCUCUGUAGAGACCUUCUUUUUAAUAGACACUGUAAAGUAGUCAUGUUUUACUCUGCUGAAUCAUACAUUUGUACGUAAAGGUGAGAUACAAAAGUGUAAGUAGACUCACAUCAUGUCACUUGUUUGAGAAGUACUUGUUUUCUUAAACGUUUUCAUUGGAAAAGGACAGUUUUGAUAAUGUCCAAAUACUCUGAAGUGCACUAGACCAUGUGACUGUGAUGGAAAUAAACCUCACGACGUAAAUUUUUAUACCAAGAGGUUUAAAAAAAAAAAAAAGACAUUUGGUUAAACUAAAUUAUGAAUAAAUUUUACAAAUUCAGAGUUUUCUAAGAUCAUACAAACAACAGCUUUCUUAUUCAAUUAAAUAGUUGCUUUAUUUCAGGUGUAUUAUUUGUACUUGUUAGAAUUUGUUACUUUUUGGUCAAAACAUGAUCGAAAUCCCUAAGGGACUUGUGAGUUUCUGUAAGCUAAGUAAUUUACAUUGUAGCCUUGUAUUUACUGCCAUAAGUGGAGACUUACUGAAUGAUUCCCUUGAGCAACAAUAGUGUCUCAUUUACUUAGGCUUUCCUGAGUGUUUCACAUAUUUAAGUUCCCCAUCCAUAAUCCUGAUAGUGUAACAAUUAAACUCUCAACUGUAAAGACAAAGCUUCUCCACACCCCUAUAAUACCUUUAACUAUUUUUUAUAUUUUUUCUAAUAUUAUGUUUGUCUGUAGUUCUUUGUAUUUUUGCCCACCAUUCAUUUUGUGUCUAAUUUCUUUUUUUGAUAAAGUGUAAAAAUAAUAAAGCAAGCUAGAUCCUUCAAGUUCAAAGGCAGUUUUAGAGUAGACAUAUCAACCAAUCAGUCUAUGUAGGAAAAUUUCAAAUAUGUUUUGUAAAACUUAAACUUCUUUUCACCAUACUAACAUACAUUCUUUUCUUGAGCAAUUCCAUGUUUUCACUGUGAAGCUUAGCAUGAAAGUGGCCUAUUGAAACACCAGUAGCUUGAUUUUUCUCCUGAUUUUGUAAUAGUAUUUAAGGUAGGAUAUACUAAAACUUUAAUUUUUAUGCAUUAUUCUUUAAAUAUUAAAGGUUUAUUGAGGACUUACAAAGCCCUUCUAAAACUAUUAAGUGUAGGUGACAUAACCUUUCAAAUGUAUAGGGGUUGAAGUGUUGUAUUUGAGAAGAAAGGGGCUGUGUGCUAAUCUGAGGAUUUGUGUACAUAUUUUCUUCUAUUUCCUAAGAAAUGUAGGCUCUAAGAAUAAGAAAAUAUUCCCUUCAGAUUUGACAUAUUAGUGAGGUUUGAUAUGUAGCCAUUUUUUUUUAAAAAGACACUAACAAUUUUUCGGUGUUAUUAGCAAACAUAGUAUCUUCUUCUACUCUAAACACCAUUGUUUCUGAUGCUAUUCUGGUUUUAGCCACUGUCACAUGUAGAAUUUCACAUCUUAACUAAUUCUGAUACGUUAAAGUUUCAAAAUUGAAUUUAAGGUUAAAAACCCUAAUAAUUACACGAGAGCUAUUGAAUUCUUUAAACCCAGGAUCUAAGUUUAAAAUGAUCUAGAUUAUUUUGAAAUUUACAUGGAAUAUUAUAUAAAAGCCUAUUUCUUUACUUCUCUGUUACUUACAUACUGCUUUUAGACAAGCGGAGUCUGCCCAGGAGCUAAUACUUAAUGCGUCAGAGAAAUGAGAUUAGAGGUGACCCUUCUGCAGUACUUAGGUGGGCCUGAUUAAACAGAUUAGGACUGAAGACAGAAGUCGAAGGUGGUGGCACAGCCUUUAGUCCUAGUACUGGAAAGGCAGACACAAGUAGAUCUCUAAAUUAGAAAUCAGCCGGGUCUACAGAGGGAUUUCCAAGCCAGUCAGGGCUACAUAAGUGACCCAAUCUCAAAAAAAAAAGUGUUAAGAAAGAAAAGAGGUAAACAAAAGCAGACUCCACAGAAAGUAAUUUUAUCUUCAAAUCACAAUACUUCAGAAUGGAAAGAAACCUUAGAAUUUUCUUUAUGUGGUUGAUAAAAAGCAACCAGUCUGAUUAUUUUUAUUUUAUUUUAUUUUAUGUUUGAGACAGGGUCUCCCUACAUUAUCCUGACUAUCUUGGAGUUCACUGUGUAGACCAGGCUGGCCUUGAACUGUACUGCAGUUAAAGCUUGUGCCACUCUGCCCAGCAGAAGGCUCUGCCUCUCUCAUCACCAUUCUGGCUUUCCCUUUCUUAUAUAUGGGAGCCCAUUGAUUUAGUAAGAGGUACAAUAGAAUUGUAGAAGACUUUUACAUAAUUUAGACAUUAGGAAUUGAUGAUAUGCAUGAUUACUUUAGGAACUUGUGAACUUGUAUGAUUUUUUUUUUUAAUUUGGAGUAAUUCUCAAACACAGUUACGUCUCUACAGCCUCUGUUGCUAUGUAAUAUAGCCCCAUAGAAAGGCUUUACCUCAUUAAGUAUAGGGUACACUCAAGUGGUAAACAAGUUUUAUUUUCCAAAUUACCACUACGGUUACUCUUCAGUAAAUAGUAUGGAAAAUAUUGCUUUAAAAUACAAUCUUGAGAAAAAUAAACUUUAUUUCCUAGAUACUCUGUAAAUAUUUCCAGGAUUUAGUUAUUUGUAAAACAAAACACUAAUCUUUUCAUCUCACUGGUUUUUGAUUAGUGGAGAGUUCACUUAUCAAAACUGUUACUUAGUAAUUGUUUACAGAGUAUGUUAGAGAGGAAUAUGCUAGUGAGUAGAAUGCACUGCACUCUUCCAAGCCUCUUGUUUUCUUUCAUGUGCCGUGUCAUUACAGACAACCAGUUUAGCAUACCUGAUAAAGUUUUGUUCUACAAAUUAACGUAUCUAAUUCUUAGAUCAUAGUAGCCUAAUAUUUACUUAAAAUUGAAACUGGAAAGGAAGCCUUUCAAUACAGGUUCAAACUUUGGGUUUAAUUAUAAACACCAGAUGUCACUUUUCUCUGACAAAAAGAAAGAAGAAUUGUUUCCUAUACUAUUCAAUGUUUUUUUCCAGAAACCUGAAAUGCCAGAAUUAUUUAACAUAGUUUGUACUCAUUAAUUAAAACAUUAUUGAUCUCAAAAAAAAAAGAAAGAAAGAAUAAAUAUAUUCCAAAAAAGAAUGAAAGCAAAGCUCAUAGUCCAAUCUCUUUGAAUAAGAGCAGGUCUGCAACUGACAAAAUACCAUUAGCAGAUCUCACUUUGCAAAAACAUAAAUAUAUAUAUAUAUAUAUAUAUAUAUAUAUAUAUAUACACACAUACAUAUGUAUAUCAUAGCAGUGUAAAUUUGAGACUACUAUGAUUGGAACACAUUCUGAGAGGCACAAUAAAAGUACAUCUAAGCAGGAAGUGAGGGCUAAGCCAUUGUAAUUUCUUGUGACCUAAACAUAUUGUCACAGGGGGACAAGAUGUCUUAGUGGGUAAAGGCACUUGCCGCCUAGCCUGAAUAAUUGUGUUCAGUCACUGGACCCCGCAUAGUAGAAGGAAAGAACCAGCUCUUGCAAGUUGUCCUCUAAUCUCCACAUACUUGCCAUUGUGUGUGUGUGUGUGUGUGUGUGUGUGUAAAAGUAAAAAAAUAAAAGACACUGCAAUGGAUUUGGUGGCUGUGCGGCAUGCUUAUAGUAAAAGUAACUCAAAAUGAAAAACCUAGUCUUUGAUUUAAUUGGUUUUGCUAGGGUACAAAUUGUCCUCUUGGAGAAGUGUCAUACAGCCAUAAGGAAGGAUCAGAAAAGACGAUAGGUCCUGCUGUGAAAUGAGCCAGGGUUAACUCUGAAUGAAUUUACUUUGUUUUUCUGAUACUUGCUCCCUAAUCUCUUUUAUUUCAUGAAAGAUUACUUAACCCCCAUCUUUCUCCUUUGCAAGUCUUCUUCAUGCUUUUUCCUUUUUCCAGUUUGAUCCAAUUGGGUAAUAAAUUCAUGACCAAAAAAAAAUCAACCACAUUCAGGUUUGGGGAAAAUCUCUUGCAGAUUGUUUUUCAUUUUAUGUAAAUUUAAAUGAAAACAUUUUUCAGGGUUGGAAAGAUGGCCCAGUGGUUAAGAGCACUGGCUGCACUUUCAGAGGACCCAGAUUCAGUUAUAGCACCUACAUGGCAAAUCACAACUGACUGUAACUCCAGUUGUGGGCAUCCUAUACCAUCACACAGACAUAUAUGAUAUAUGUGAAGGCAAAACACCAAUGCAUAUAAAAUAUUUUAAAAAUCAUAUAAAAAAGAACAUUUUUAAAAAUAAUUAAAGUAAUACCUGGAUUGAUACAUUCUCUCCCUAAGUCAUAUUCUAGAUAUUCCAGAAAUUUUUUGGCCAUUCAGUAAGAUCAGUUAUUCAGAUUUUGUUUGUAAUUAAUUGAUAAAUAUUGAAAAGUAUAUACUAUAUAGGCAGUCUAAUAAUUGACAGUGAUUCAUACAUCCUUUUAGUUCCACAGUUACACUCCUAGUUGACAAAGUCCUUCAGCCAGGUGUCCACGCACACAUGCAUCUACACUGAGCUUAUGAUAUAGGAUGCCUAUAAUGACAAUAUUCACAUUCAGUAUCUUAUUAUUAACUUCGCAUUUUUGAAAAAAUUCACUAUGAACAUUAAGGUUAAUUCUAAAGUAUUUUUCACGUAGAAAACUAAAAAUGUAGCUAAGUAUGCUACAGAUGGCAGUUUUCCUAAACCCUAAAAAUAACAAGAUCUAUUAGAAAACAGAAAGAAUAACACGAUUCUAUUCCUGAAAUUGUGAUUAUUCCCAGUAAGCAUUUGUAAAUAUAAUAAAGAUAUACAAAAGAUACCUCUGAUCCUACAGAGAUAUUUUUGCCUUUCUACUUUAUCCCUGCCUUUAAUCAUCUUAACUUUGUGAACAUAAGUGAACUUUAACUUUAAAAUGUUUGAACUUUUUUCCUAUAUGUUAGCAGAAUCUGGAUUUGAAAAAAAAAAAAAAAACCUAAAUUAUCUUCAGUUUCUGCUGGUUUCAUUUUACUGUAUACUUGGAUUAUUAAUAUAAUGGGUUAACAAAAAUGAAUGGGUUAACAUUCUGUUUCUGUGUGUAAGUAGUGAAUUAUAUCGGUGAAAACAUUACACUGAAACUUGUGUCUAAGUGAUUUCUUAGGUUUUAUUUGAAGUGUAAACUUGAGUCCCAUUAUCACCAAAUUAGAUAUAAAAAUAGAUAGUGAAUACUAAUGAAGAACUGUCCUUAUUGCACUGUUCUAAAUAUAGACUAUAUAUUUGGUAUGGUUAGUGAAAUAGCUUUUAUAAUAUAUUUGAGUUAUAAUUUUUCUUUUGUUUUGGUUUUCGAGAUAGGGUUUCUCUGUGUAGCCCUGGCUGUCCUGGAACCUGCUGGCCUCGAACUCACAGAGAUCCACUUUGUCUCCCAAGUGCUGGGAUUAAAGGCCUGCACCUCCACCACCCAGCUUCUUCUUAACUACAAACUUAAUAGUGAAGAAUUCUCCAAAGGAAUGAGGUUUAUGGCAUUGUAUUUGAAAGAUCUGGAACAAAAGUGUUAUGAGCUGUUUCUAAGCUAUUCAUUUGUUUUAUUACAGUUACAUUCAUGUCCAUAAUUGGCCAAUUGAUGGGUCUUUCGGGUAUCCAGAAUAAUGUCUGCAUGGAAUAAAUUUCGGUUAUAUAAGAGCCUUAAAGUGGAAAAAAUUACUCUUUUGACUGCCUUAACAUACGACUAGCUCUCCUUUCCAGACUUACUAGUUUCUUUAGGGUCUGUUAAUUAAGUAAUGCCUUAAUAGUGUUCUAAUGUUUCUGAAGAAUAGAGCUUACAGGGUCUUCUACAGCAUUUAAUGUUACAUAAUGAAUGGAAAUUUAACAGUUAGGAAUUAAAACUGAUUGUGCAUUAAUAAUUUAAACAUGAAAAGAAUAAUCUGGCUAUGCUGAUGUGUUAUAAACAGAUGACUGUAACAUCAGUAUAUUUUAUGGUUGCUUGAGGUUUUUAUUGUUUUGUAUAACCAGUUAUCCAGAAGCUGGACUUCCUGGCCAUAACAUAACCUCCAAGGACCAUGUUGCAUAUUUAACACUAAAUGAAAAGUACAGUUGUACAGUUCCAAAAAGAACUGCUUUUUAAGGGAAUUUUGAGGCAAAAGGUAAAUAUUUUGGCUCAAGCCUAUGAGCAAACUCAUUUAGAGAAGUGAAUAUGGUAUUAAAACAUUGAGACUCUUGCAAUAAAAAUAUCAGGCCAGUGACUUGUUUCAUUGCAUUCACAUUUUGCAUUCAUUUUGCCUUUCAAAGCAGGAAUAUGUUAAGAAACUGAAAGAAUGCUUUAAAUUGUCACGCUGGUGCUUAAAGAUUAAUUAAGCUUGAUAUAUAACUAACUAGCUUAUUUCCAAGGUAAAGAACCUGGAGAGGACAAACGGGCCUUUCCUAGGAUUUGUGAUUAACUGAUACUGUCAAGUCUUCCAAGUUUUCAAUGUAAAUAAUGUGUAACAAUGUAACAUUGCUGUUUUCUAAUGGGGAAUGGAUAAAUGCUUCAGUUAUUACAUUUAUCUCAUGAUAAAAGUUUUCACCAAUACUGAGAAAUCUUGACUUUCUUUCUAACCUUGCAAAAUAACCUACUGCAUACAAGUUGAUGGUUUCUUAACUGAAAUGCUUGGGACACCUGAAAUGCUUGGGGCCACAAGUAUUUUAAGAUUCUUUUUUCGGAUUUUUGCAAUUAUUUGCAGAUGCAUAACACAAUACCUGGACUCUUCUGUGUAUCUCAUAUAGAUCAUGUGAAAGAAAUUUUGUUUUGGUUUUUUUGUUUUGUUUUGUUUAUGCGCUUGCAUUUGACUGUGACUUGGCAAUAGGUUUGCAAUGGAAUUUUCCAUGUGACAUUAUAUUAGCACUCUCAAGUUUCCAGCUUUGGAGCUUUCUAAAACUCUGUUUUCAAAGUAUGGAUGUGUCACCUGUUACGUCAUUACAGAUGUGGAGUGAGUGGGCACUACACAAACUGUCACCACUUUGUAGAAAUUGAUUGGUGUACCAAAUAAAUUUUAUCCAUAUCAAAUAA